AUGGGGCUCUUCUCGUGGUGGAGGGGCUCCCGCCGCGGCUCGCCGGAGCAGGCCCCGAGCCAGCAGCCGGCGAAGGGAGCGGGAGGCGCGCAGGCCCAGGUGGCCGUCCCCGGCACCCACGGGGCGGUGGAGGUGCUGCGGCAGCGGCAGCGGCAGCCGGACGCGACGGUCUUCGAGUUCGGGUCGGCGGCGGAGUCGGGUACCGCCGUCACGCUCGCUGGCUACUGCCCCGUCUCCGACGAGCUCGAGCCGUGCCGCUGGGAGUUGGUGCCCGCCACCGGCGAGGGCGCCCCGCAGUUCCGCAUCGUGUUCUGA